AUGUCGUUCGAAUUCACAGACCGAGCCCAGUCCUCCGUCUCGGCAGCUCUCCAGCUCGCCAAGGACCACUCCCACCCACAGGUCAGCCCGGCGCACCUCGCAUUAGCGCUGCUCACCGACGACACGUCCAACUCGCAGGGCGUACAGUCCACCAACGAGUCGAGCCAGUCGCUCUUCAAGAGCAUCUGCACAAAGGCGGGCGUCGACAUCAAGAUCCUCGAGGACAAGCUGCGCACCGCGCUGCGCAAGAUCCCAUCCCAGACGCCGCCGCCCGACGACAUCAGUCUCUCGAGUCCGGCGCUCAAGGUGCUCAAGGAGGCCGAGAACCAAAAGAGCACCCAGCGCGACGCCUACAUCGCACAGGACCACAUCCUUCUCGGCCUCAUCAACGACAACACCAUCAAGCAGCUCCUCAAGGAGGCUGGCCUCGCCAACGAGCAGCUCAUCAAGACCGCCAUCACUCAGGCAAGAGGCGGCCGCCACAUCGACUCCAAGAGCGCAGAAGCCGGCUACGAUGCGCUCGCAAAGUACUGCACCGACCUCACCCAGCUCGCCGCCGAAGGAUCCCUCGACCCCGUCAUCGGCCGCGACAACGAGAUCCGCCGCGCCGUACGUGUCCUCUCCCGCAGGACCAAGAACAACGCCGUGCUCAUCGGUAGCCCCGGCGUCGGCAAGACCGCCAUCGUCGAAGGCCUCGCACAGCGCGUCGUCGACCGCGACGUCCCACCCAACCUGCUCGGCAAGAUCCUCAGCCUCGACGUCGGCGGCCUCAUGGCAGGCGCAAAAUACCGCGGCGAGUACGAGGAGCGCGUCAAGUCGGUGCUCGCAGACAUUGAAAAGAUGACCGCCGACGGAACCCCCUGCAUCCUCUUUAUCGACGAGAUGCAUCUGCUCAUGGCCGGCCAGGGCAGCUCCGGCGGCGGCAUGGAUGCGGCCAAUCUGCUCAAGCCCAUGCUCGCGCGCGGCAAGCUUCGUGUCAUCGGCUGCACCACCGCCAACGAGUACCGUCAGUACAUCGAGAAGGACGCUGCGCUCGAGCGCCGCUUCCAGUCCAUCCUGGUCAACGAGCCCAGCGUCGAGGACUGCAUCGCCAUCCUGCGCGGCAUCCGCGACAAGUACGAGGUACACCACGGCGUGCGCAUCCUCGACGCCGCCAUCGUCUCGGCCGCGCAGCUCGCCAAGCGCUACCUUACCGAUCGUCGUCUGCCCGACUCGGCCAUCGACCUGGUCGACGAGGCGUGCGCCGACGUGCGCGUCUCGCGCGAGACGGUGCCCGAAGAGGUGGACAGGCUGGAGCGCAAGCGGCUGCAGCUCGAGAUUGCGGUGCAUGCGCUGUCGCGCGAGAAGGAUGCGCAGUCCAAGCAGUCGCUCGACGAGACUCGCAAGCAGAUCCAGGCGAUCGACGACGAGCUCGCACCCAUAAAGGCGGCGUACGAGGCGCAGAAGGCCAAGGGCGACGAGAUCAACAGCGUGCGCCGCAAGAUGGAGGAGGUGCGCGCCAAGAUCGCCGAGGCCGAGCGCAGGUACGACCUCGCCACGGCGAGCGACCUCAAGUUCUACGCGCUGCCCGACCUCGAGACCAAGCUGCAGCAGCUCCAGGCGGCCGAGCGCCGGCGCGAGGAGGAAGGGCGCGAUGCGGACAACAACGCCGUGACGGCGGAUGCGAUCGCGAGCAUCGUGUCGCGCUGGACGGGCAUCCCCGUGUCGCGCAUGCUCGAGUCGGAGAAGAACAAGCUGCUGCGCCUCGAGCGCACGCUGGCCAAGGAGGUCAUCGGCCAGGACGAGGCGGUCAAGAGCGUGGCGCAGGCGAUCCGGCUGUCGCGCUCGGGGCUGGCGGAUGCCAAUCGGCCCAUCGCAUCGUUCCUCUUUGCCGGAUCGUCGGGCUCGGGCAAGACGCUGCUGAGCCGCACGCUGGCCAAGUGCAUGUUCGAUUCGGCCGACGCCAUGGUGCGCAUCGACUGCAGCGAGUUUUCGGAGAAGCACUCGAUCUCGCGCCUGAUUGGUGCGCCUCCGGGCUACGUGGGGCACGAGGAGGGCGGCGUGCUGACCGAGGCGGUGCGUCGCAAGCCGUUUAGCAUUGUGCUUCUCGACGAGAUCGAAAAGGCGUCGCGCGAGUUUGUGCAGCUCUUCCUGGGCGUGCUCGACGAAGGGCGCCUGCAGGACAGCCAGGGCAGACAGGUGUCGUUCCGCAACACGAUCAUCAUCAUGACGUCCAACCUGGGCUCGGCGUACAUCAACGAGGCCGAGGAGGACGAGAUGGGCGAUGCGACGCGCCAGCUCGUCAUGGGCAGCAUCAAGGCGGCGCUGCCCACCGAGUUUGUCAACCGUAUCGACAGCAUCGUGGUCUUUAGCAAGCUCUCGCGCCGCAACGUCAAGUCGAUUGUGGAUGUAAGGCUGCGCGAGAUCGAGCAGCGCAUCGUGGCCAACGGCGGCAAGUCGAAGCUCGUGCUUGAUGAUGCGGCCAAGGACUUUUUGGUGGCGACUGGAUUCUCGCCCACGAUGGGCGCCAGGCCGCUCAACCGGUCGAUCCAGCAGGAGCUGUUGUCGCCGCUGUCGAUCCUCAUUCUGUCCGGCAGGAUUGACAUCAAGGAGGAUGCAGAGAUUCGAGUGCGCUUCGACAAGCACCGCAACGGCCUGGUGGUGGAGCCCAACCACGAGGCGAGCACGGCCAAUGGCGCCGACGACGUGGCCAUGUCCGACAGCGACGAUGACGACGACGACUAUGCUCGCAUCGAGGAGGAUCCUCUGGACUGA